GUUGUUAGGUUGUUAUAGUGGGCUGUCUCCUUGAAUCAUUUCCGUGUACAGUAAUCGGAAAAUGCAUUGUAUUGCGUGAUUUUACUUCAAUAUUUGUACCCAGUUGUUUUUAUAAGAAAUCCAUAGAUAAAAAAUGCCUCCCGGUGCAAGUUAUACGUUUGAUAUAUGGACCCAAGAGUCCUUACAGUCCCGUGUUAUGGUAGAUUGUUUAUUACCUACAGGAGUGCUAGUCCAAUUAGAAUGCGAGAAAGAUGCCACGCUGGAUCAGAUUAAAAAGGAUUUAUGGAGGGAAGCGAAAACGUAUCCAUUAUUCUCCCGUUUAGCUGAUAUGAGGUCGUACGUUUUCAUGUGUAUAAACCAGACUGCUGAGCUGGAAGAACUGGUUGACGAGAAACGUAGACUAUGUGAUGUAAAACCAUUCCGCCCAGUAUUGAAACUUGCCAACAAAGAAGGAAAUAGAAAAGAACAAAUACUGAAUUCACAGAUCAGUGUACUUAUAGGAAAAGGUCUUCACGAGUUUGAAACAAUGAAGAAUCAAGAAGUGAAUGACUUCCGUGAUAAUAUGAGGAGAUUUGCCGAAAACCUAGCCAUUGAGAGAUCUACGAAGACUUGGGAGGAAAGAGCCAUGUACAUUUAUCCACCGGAACUCGAACCAAGUAUAGAACUUCCUGAGCAUAUUCACAAAGCAUUUAAUGAUAAUACUUCCAAUGUUGUCAAUGUUAAAUUUGAUGAGACGGGGGUGCGACAUUCCAAGUUCCAAAUUACAUGUACCAUGUAUCCAAUGGUGCUGGUGAAAUUAGCAUUACGGAAAAAGAAAAUAAUGUUUAAACUAGAAAUGGAAGAAGAUCCACAAGACUACGUACUUAAAGUUUGUGGGAAAGCUGAAUAUUUAUUAGGUGAUUCACCGUUAAGUCAAUACAAGUCCAUUAGACGUACAAUAGCCAAGAAAGGAGCCCAUCCAGAGUUGUUACUAGUUCAUAGAAAAACCCUAGGCGUAGAAGACUAUUUUGCUCAUGUAAUUGUGCCUAACUCACGUCCAGCUCCACCACCAGUACCUCCUAAAAGAACACAGUUACUAUGGAAUGUACAAGAAAAACUUAGAUUAAAAAUUAUUAGUGCUUUCAACCCAGAUACAUUUAAAAAGCUGGAAGCAAUAGUCGACCGUGAUCCCCUGGUUCCGCUAGACGACCAAGAUACAACAUUAGUGUGGAAGUAUCGAAUUGAUUGUAGGAACUUGUUGCCACAUUCAUUGCCAAAAGUACUUAAAUGUGUUGAUUGGAAAAAUUCCAAGGAGGUAGCACAGAUGCAGGCUUUGCUGCAGAUUUGGCCCAAAUUACAACCAGACCAGGCCUUAGAACUAUUAGACUACCAGUACGCUGAUAAUUCAGUUAGAUCAUUUGCUGUAGGAUGCCUAGCAGAUUUCUCAGAUGAUGAGUUGGUACAGUAUCCUCUACAACUUGUGCAGGCACUCAAAUAUGAAUCUUAUCUUGACUGUGAUUUAGCCAGAUUCCUUCUCAAGAAGGCAAUAGAAAACCAAACAAUAGGACAUUAUUUAUUCUGGCAUCUAAGAGAUGCGGCUUCUAAUACAGAUUUUACGGUUGAAAGCUUGCAAAAAUUGAAAUCAGUAAACGAGAUGGUUAAGAGCUGUGGUGCUAAAGGGAAAGAGGUGCUGGAUAAGACAAAGGACAGGAUGCUUGGUUGCCUCAAACAGAAUUCAUACACUGAUGCACUAUCAAAUCUACCAUGUCCACUGACGCCGUCAUUUAAACUUCGACAACUUAAGCUUCCGAAAUGUAAAUUUAUGAAAUCCAAGAUGAGACCAUUAUGGUUGGUAUUUGAAAAUGAAGAUCAAAUUGGUCGAGAUAUCUAUGUUAUAUUCAAGCAUGGAGAUGAUUUACGACAAGAUAUGUUGACCUUACAAAUGUUUCAAAUCAUGGAUAAUAUAUGGCAAGCAGAAGGAUUAGAUCUGAGGAUGGUACCGUACAGGGCGCUAUCAACUGGAGAUAAAGUUGGUCUUAUAGAGGUUGUAACAGAAGCCGAAACUAUAGCAAAGAUACAGAAAACGAGGGGUUCUUCUCCCACAGCAGCUUUCAAUAAAGAAGCCAUAUUUCAAUGGUUAAAACAACAUAACCAGACCCCAGAAAGCUUGGAUAAAGCAGUGGAGGAGUUCACUUUGUCUUGUGCAGGUUACUGCGUUGCUACCUAUGUACUUGGCAUUGGUGAUCGGCAUAAUGAUAAUAUCAUGGUGAAGAAAACUGGACAGCUUUUCCAUAUUGACUUUGGUCAUAUUCUGGGUAAUUUCAAGAGUAAGUUUGGUAUCCAGAGAGAGCGAGUGCCAUUCGUAUUGACGCAUGACUUUGUGCAUGUCAUAACACGUGGUAAAAACACUGGUUCAUCUGAAGAAUUUGACAACUUCCGAUCAAAAUGUGAGCAAGCUUAUCUGAUGUUCCGUCGGAAAGGUAAUUUAUUUAUUAACCUAUUCGCAAUGAUGCUUUCGACUGGACUACCAGAGUUGACAAGACUCACCGACAUUGAUUAUCUGCGUGAAACGUUACAGUUUCAACUCACCGAAGAAGAAGCACUGAAACAUUUCCGUGGUAAAUUUGAUGAUGCUUUGAAGAAUAGUUGGAAGACAAGUCUCAACUGGGCUGCUCACUUAUUUGCACAUGCUAAAGACUAGUAUCAUCAUCUUAGUUUUUUUUCUGAGAGAGAGGGACAGGUACUGCCCUACAUAAAGCUGGAAAACAAGCCUUAACUGAGCAGCUCAUAUAGUUACACACACUAAGACUAGUAUCAUGAAUCUAUUUUUGAGAGAGAGAGGGACAGCUACAACCCCCACAUGUAGCCGGAAGACGAGCCUUAAUUGGGCAACACGCUUACUUGCACACGCUAAAGACAAGUAUUCUGACCCUGUUUGGCAGGGACAAAUAUCUUAAUGUGCAAACACAAUGUAUUGCACAUGCUAAGCUCACUAAUUAUUUUUAUUAACAAGAGGUCCUACUAAUUAAUGUGUGAGCAUGCGUGGGGACGAAUGGGAAAAUAAGUAACGUGCGGCAGCAAUCCUUGUACUGUAUAAUGUUCGUUUAUGCUUAAAAUUUGAAAUAGAGAGCCACGAAUUUUAUCAGCUAUCCACACUUUUUAUGAUUGGCGCUCUGGCAUUUUGGCGAGUCGAGUCCACGUAUACAGACUAGUGAUUGUUAAAACACAGUCACAACAUCUUAUUUAGUUUUAAGACGCAUCUUUCUGAAUGAACCUCGCGCACAUAUGCGAUCCUGUUGAAAGCUAGAAAGAACCACAACAUUCAUCUUUGCCCUUUAAAUUGUGUUCACGCUUCACGACAGAGCAACACUGGACAGAGCAUGAAACACUUGUCUUGUGGCUCUCUCUCAACAUGAUCUACAAAGCCUUUUUAACUAAGGUCAAUUCAUGACUUAACAGUUUUUAGGUGGGAAAUGAUAACAUUUAUCUAUUUAUAUUAUAUGAAAUGGGAUUUAAUUUAUGCUAGGUAUAAUAAACAAAAUUUC